CCCCUCGCUCCCCCGGCCGCAGUCCGUGCGCGCGGGCGCCGGCGAGCCGUCUCGGAAGCAGCAUGCAGGCGCGCUACUCCGUGUCCGACCCCAACGCCCUGGGAGUGGUGCCCUACCUGAGCGAGCAGAACUACUACCGGGCUGCGGGCAGCUACGGCGGCAUGGCCAGCCCCAUGGGCGUCUACUCGGGCCACCCGGAGCAGUACAGCGCGGGGAUGGGCCGCUCCUACGCACCCUACCACCACCACCAGCCCGCGGCGCCUAAGGACCUGGUGAAGCCGCCCUACAGCUACAUCGCGCUCAUCACCAUGGCCAUCCAGAACGCGCCCGAGAAGAAGAUCACCCUGAACGGCAUCUACCAGUUCAUCAUGGACCGCUUCCCUUUCUACCGGGAGAACAAGCAGGGCUGGCAGAACAGCAUCCGCCACAACCUGUCGCUCAACGAGUGCUUCGUCAAGGUGCCCCGCGACGACAAGAAGCCCGGCAAGGGCAGCUACUGGACCCUGGACCCGGACUCCUACAACAUGUUCGAGAACGGCAGCUUCCUGCGGCGCCGGCCCGGGGCCGCCGCGGCCCAGGCGGCCUCCUGGUAUCUCAACCACAGCGGGGAGCUGAACCACCUCCCCGGCCACACGUUCGCGGCCCAGCAGCAAACUUUCCCCAACGUGAGGGAGAUGUUCAACUCCCACCGGCUAGGGAUUGAGAACUCGACCCUCGGGGAGUCCCAGGUGAGUGGCAAUGCCAGCUGUCAGCUACCCUACAGAUCCACGCCGUCUCUCUACCGCCACGCAGCCCCCUACUCCUAUGACUGCACGAAAUACUGACCUGUCCCGGAACCUCCCCUCCCCGGCCCGCUCCGGCUUCGCUUCUCAGCCCCGACCCAACCAGACAAUUAAGGGGUUGCAGACACGCAAAAAAGAAACAAAACAUGUCCUCCAACUUUUUCUCAGACCCGGGAGCAGAGAGCGGGCACGCUAGCCCCCAGCCAUCUGUGAAGCGCGCAGGUAACUUUAAUUCGCCGCCCCGUUUCUGGGAUCCCAGAAAUCCCCCUCCAAAGGGACGCAGCCCAACAAAAUGAGUAUUGGUCUUAAAAUCCCCCUCCCCUACCAGGACGGCUGUGCUGUGCUCUAUCUGAGCUUUCAAAAGUUAAGUUAUGGACCAAAUCCCAUAGCGAGCCCCUGGGGACUCUCUGUAGGGGUCCCCAUAGGUGUAUGGGGGUGUCUAUAGAUAAUGUAUGUGCUGUGUGUAAUUUUAAAUUUCUCCAACCGUGCUGUACAAAUGUGUGGAUUUGUAAUCAGGCUAUUUUGUUGUUGUUGUUGUUGUUCAGAGCCAUUAAUAUAAUAUUUAAAGUUGAGUUCACUGGAUAAUUUUUUCAUCUUGCCCAACCAUUUCUAACUGCCAAAUUGAAUUCAAGAAACCGAUGUGGGUUUUGUUUCCUGUACAAUUAUGAGAUAUAAUUCUUUUUCCCAUUGUAGGUCUUUUACAAAACAAGAAAAUAAUUUAUUUUUUUGUUGGUGGAUAAAGAAGUCAAGUAUCUGAUACUUUUUAUUUACAAAGUGUGAUGGUUUUGUAUAGUAGGUUCCACCCUGAGUAUUCCUAAAAGAAAAAAAAAAACACUUAGAAAAUCUAACUUCAUCUAUGUUUGUCUUAUGUGGUCUUAAUUGUUGUAUUUACCUUAAAAUAAACCCAUGUUGUUUUUUCUGCCC